AUGGCCCCUUCCAUUGACGAGAUUGCUCAUGGCCAGGUGGAGGCCACCUCGUCAUGCAAAGUUGGAAUCAAUGGCUUCGGUCGUAUCGGCCGCAACGUCCUCCGCGCAGCCCUAGUCCGAUCUGACAUUCAAGUCGUCGCCAUCAACCACACCUGCAUCUCAGUCGAAGACCUCAUCUACCUCAUCCGCUAUGAUUCAUCAAUGGGUGACCUCGACGACCGAACCCCCAUUCACGUCCUUUCUGACACACUGAUCACCAUCAACGGCAAACAAAUAGCCCUAACCUCCGAGCGCGACCUGAAGAAGCUCAACUGGUCCGCUUUGGGAGUAGACUAUGUCCUCGAAUGCACGGGAAAAUUCACUAAGCGAGAGCUCGCCCUCGACCACGUCACCUACGGCCAGGCAAAGCGUGUUCUCAUCUCCGCUCCUAGCUCGGACUCGCCUACCUUUGUGUACGGCGUCAACUCAGACGAUUAUACACCCACAGAAGACUGCCGCGUCGUCUCGAACGCAAGCUGCACUACUAACUGCGUGACGCCUGUUCUGAAGGUGCUUCAAGGUUCAUUUGGUGUUACACAGGGAUUCCUGACAACCAUUCAUGCGGCUACCAGAUCGCAGCAGGUUUUGGAUGGAUAUAGUAAGAAGAAUAAGCGGCUGGGACGCGGUGUCUUCAACAACAUCAUCCCUACCACCACCGGCGCCGCAAAGGCCGUCGCCGCCGUUCUGCCCGAACUAAAGGGCAAGGUCACUGGUGUCUCGAUUCGAGUGCCUACCCCCAACGUCUCAAUGAUCGACCUCACAAUCUGCACCGAGAAGCCGACCUCGCUGGCCGAAGUCAUCGCUGCCUUCCGACGAUCUUCCAAGCUCGACAUGGCCGGUGUCCUCAAAGUUGCCGAUGAGGAGCUUGUGAGCAGUGACUAUAAUGGUAGUCCCUACAGCGCCAUUAUCGAUGCUCCGUCGUGUAUGGAGCUGAACCCUCAGUUCUUCAAAAUCAUGGCUUGGUACGAUAACGAAUGGGGAUACUCUAACAGAUUGCUGGACUUGACGACUCAUGUGCAUGCCCAGGAGGCUAUUUGA